AUGGCAUUUUGUAAGGCUGUUAUUGGUAUGUAUGAGGAAGAGUACACGUGUCCACCUACCAAAGCUAACAUACCACGGUUGCUUCGAGAAAGGGAGGAGAGAGGAUUCUUGUGUAUGCUUCAUGCAUUCUUUGGAAUGUUGGGUUCACACAAUGAUAUUAAUGUGUUGGAUCAUUCCCGGGUAUUCGACAGUGUUUUCACUGCCCAAUUGCCUUCGAUUAAUUUCGUGGUGAAUGACCAUCAUCACCAUAGAAUGGUGUAUUACUUGUCUGAUGAUAUAUACCUUGAGUCAGCAACUUUGAAACAGACCAUCUCGCACCCAACUAUUGGAAAAGAAGAACUUUUUCGUCAAAGAGACCUGGAAGGAAGAUGUGGAACGAGUUUUUGGGAUCUUACAUAUCAAGUGGGCAAAAACGCGAGGACUAGUGCAUUUUUGGGAGAAAGGGGCCUUGUGCCUCAUAAUGAAAACGUGCAUUAUCCUUCACAUUAUGAUUAUUGA